AUGAAUAUAUCUGCCAACUCACUAUUUUCAAAUCCAAAUGGUACAUAUGAAAGUAACUACACACCGCCACCAGGUACUGACCUGGGCAUAUUGUCUGAGUUACCUUACUACCCUAUGGAUGAUACAGAUCCUAUUUUUCAUUUCACAUGUGAUGAAUUGAUUGGUGAUAGAUUCCCCAUUACAAAGUAUCCGUUUGAUGGAUUCAUAGAUUUCCACUCGUUAAAGAUUUGCAGCUCAAAUGCCAAGCAAAUGUCAAAGUACUUGCAACUAGCUAUGGGGUUUAAAGAGGUAGCCUACAGGGGUUUAGAAAAUGACUCCCGGUUAGUUGCAUCCCACGUUGUCCAAAAUGGUUCAAUCUUCUUGGAAAUUGUUAAUACUUUGGAGACUAUAAAGGACGAUAAUGUUUUACGGUUCCCAUACUUCAAGCACGAUCUUUCACUAUUUGAAAAGUUUGACCGAAAUAUGAACAAUUAUGUGGAAGAAUUCAAGAUUACCACUGAAGACUUGGUGUUCGAUUAUGUCAACAAUAGAAUCGAGAGUUUAAGUACAGCCCCUUUGAAGUCAUUAAAAUUUGGUCGCCAUAUGUACAACACAAUCAUAAAGAGUGGGAAAUACAAGGCAAUCUCGCAAGAAAUUCAACAAAUUAUUAUCAAUAUCAUCAACGAUUCGGAAUUGAUAUAUAAUGACAUAAUGGAGUGCACAUUGAUACAAAAGUUUUUGAAAAACCAUGCCGAAGGGGUCAUGGACAUUGCAUUCAAUGUGAGAAGUGUGGAUGCAAUUUUUCAAAAAGCAAUACUGGCAGGGGCAGGUAUUAUAAGAUUGCCUCGUGUCAUUUGCGAUGAAAAUGGGUCUGUCAAACUAGCAACAGUGACGGUCCCCAAUACUGACAUACAACACACAUUAAUUGAAAACUUGGACUACACGGGCAAUUUCCUACCAGGAUACUCUGAUUCAAUAAUGGGGCUUUCUCGAGGAUACCAGGAACAGUUGGAUUCAUUGCCUGCGGUACACUUUACAUCAAUUGAUCAUUGCGUUGAGAAUUAUUCCUGGAACCAAAUGAUUUCCCAGGCCAAGAUUUAUGCAAAAAUGUUUGGGUUUCACAAAUAUUGGUCAGUCGAUGAGAUGGAUGUUUCGACGGGCUUCACUGCAUUGAGGUCAAUUGUAAUGAGUUCAAGCAAUGGCCAAAUAAAAAUGCCCAUCAAUGAACCAGUAAAGUCGAAAUUUAAAGGGCAGAUUGAAGAGUUCAACGAUUUCUAUGGCGGACCGGGCGUUCAACACAUUGCUCUUCGUACAAAUGAUAUUAUUCAAACUGUAAAGGCAAUGAUUCAAAGAGGUAUAGAGUUCAAUCAGGCCAGCGAACGUUAUUAUAAAAACUUAGAACAACGGUUGGCAAAAGAUGACAUUGAGUUGUAUGAGGAUUUGGCCGAAAUCAAGUCGCUCAGCAUACUAAUUGAUUACGACCCAACAACCAGAAACAAACGCACAAGGAAAUGUCACUACAUCUUACAAAUAUUUUCGCACCCUUUGCAUGAUCGACCAACUUUAUUCAUUGAAGUCAUUCAGCGUCAUCAUCACAAUGGAUUUGGAAAAGGAACGUUUAAAGGAUUGUUUGAAACCAUUGAACUGCAACAGAGACUUCGUGGUACCUUUGUAGAAGUCGAAUGA